UCUCUGUUUUUGCAUAUUACCUGACAUCGCAUGAACGUUUGUUAGAAAGAACAAUUAAACGGGGAACCGCACAAAUAUGGCGGCCCCGACGAGCAGCCCGCCGGCUCUGUUCAAACCAUUUAGGGCUCUAGGUUAUAUUACCGAUAAUGUUCCUUUCGCCGUGCAGCGGCGUGGCAAAGAGACUUUCGUCACGACGAGCGUCGGCAAGAACUUCCAGGUGUAUAACUGCAACAAGCUGACCUUGUCGCUAGUGGGACCGCAGCUGCCCGGCGACAUCCGCUGCCUGGCCGCCAAGGGCGACCUCACCUUCGCGGCGGUGGGCGGAGACGUGCACGAGGUCAAGAGAGUGCACAGGACGGGUGUGUACGGCGGCGCUCAUGACGGCCCGGUGCGGCAGCUGCUGCUGCUGGGCGAGCACCUGCUGAGCCUGGGCGGCACGCGGCUGGUGGUGUGGCGACUGGGCGCGUACAGCGCGCCCGAGCGUGUCAUUGAGCUGGGCGCCGGCGGCUCCUUCACGCCCACCUGCCUCACCCACCCUGACACCUACCUGCACAAGGUGCUGGUGGGCGGAGACGUCAGCGGCGGCGGCGGCAGUGGCGGCGGCGUGGGUCCGCUGCAGCUGUGGAACUACCGCACCGGCCAGCUGCUGUUCAGCUUCAAGGGCUGGGGCUGCGGCGUGCGCUGCAUGGCGCCCAGCCCCGCGCUGGACGUGGUGGGCGUGGGCCUGGCGGACGGGCGUGUGGUGCUGCACAACGUGCGGUACGACGAGCAGGUGGCGGCCUUUGACAACGCCGCGGGGGCGGGGCUGGCGGCGGAGGGGCUGCUGGGGGGCGGCGCAGGCACGGCCCUGGCGGCGGGCGGCAGCGGCGGCGCGGUGACGGCGUUGUCGUUCCGCAGCGGCGCGGGUGUGCCGCUGCUGGCGGCUGGCGGCGGCGGCGGUGUGGUGACUGUGUGGAACCUGGAGGAGCGGCGGCUGCACACCGUGAUUCGGGACGCACACGCCGGGCCGCUGCUGUCGCUGCACUGGUUUGCGGGCGAGCCGCUGCUUAUGUCCUCCGCCGCGGACAACAGCCUCAAGCACUGGGUGUUCGACACGGGGGCGGACGCAGCGCCGCGGCUGCUGAGGUUCAGGGCGGGGCACGCCGCGCCGCCCACACUGGUGCGCCACUACGGCGAGGGCGGCCUGCGGCUGCUGUCGGCCGGCUGCGACCGCUCCUUCCGCGUGUUCAGUGUGCACCAGGACCAACAGAGCCGCGAGCUCAGUCAGAAGCACCUGGCGCGCAGGGCCAAGAGGCUCAAGGUGGCCCAGUCCGACCUGCGCCUGGAGCGGGUGGUGGACUGCGACGCCUGCGAGGUGCGCGAGCGCGACUGGGCCAACGUCAUCACCGGCCACGAGGGCGACCCCGCCGCCUACACCUGGCGACUGGCGGCGUUCAGCCUGGGCGACCACGUGCUUAGCCCGCCGGCAGAGGAGCUGUACGGCCAGCCCGCCGCCCCCGUCACCUCGGUGGCUCUCAGCCGCUGCGGCAACUUUGGCUUCGUGGGCAGCGCCAGCGGCCGCAUCGACCGCUACAACAUGCAGUCCGGGCUGCACAGGGGGGCCUACUACGCAGGGCCCAAGCCGGCAGACGCAGCAGCAGCGGCAGGACAGCAGCAGCAGCAGGCGGCAGCCGGCGGGCGGAGAGGCGGCGGCGCCGCGCCUGCUGCCGCCGCUCCGCCGCCUGCGCACAGCGGCGCGGUGGUGGGUGUGGCUGCGGACGGCUCCAAUCGGCUGCUGGUGUCGGUUGGCCUGGACGGCCUGAUGCGGGUGUGGGACUUCAGGACCCUGCAGCUCAAGAGCCAGGUGUCUCUGGGCGGCCCCGCCAGCCGCCUGGCGCUGCACCCCGCCUCGGGUCUGGCGGCGGUGGGUCUGGCGGACAGCUCCAUACGCCUGUACGACGUGGAGGGGCCGCAGCCGCGGCUGGUGCGGCGGUUCCGGGGGCACGCCGACCGCCUGACGGGCCUGGCUCUGAGCGCAGACAGCCGCUGGUGCCUCAGCGCCGCCAUGGACGGCACGCUGCGGGUGUGGGACGUGCCGGCGGGGCAGUGCCUGCAGGUGCUGCGGCUGGGGGCGCCCGUGACGGGCCUCAGCCUGGGCCCGGGGCUGGACCUGCUGGCCACCACACACGUCAACAGGCGGGGCGUGUACCUGUGGUCCAACCAGGCCCUGUUCGGCGCCGCGUUCGCCAUCCCGCACAGCGACGCCCCGGUGCCGGUGGUGCGCACCGCGCUGCCCUCGGUGCUGGGGGCGGCCACUGGCGGCGGGGAGGACCUGCAGGCGGGCGGCGAGGAGGCGGGCAGUGUGGGGCGGCUGGUGCAGGAGGAGGACGAGGAGGACGAGGACGGAGUGGACAGCGAGGACGAGGAGGCGGAGGCGGACGCAGCGCGGCGCCGCGCCGCCGCCGCCGCCGCCGCUGGCCCUGCCGCCGAGGCCGAGGCGGCGGCGCGGCGGCGCUACGCGGGUCGCGACCCCGUGUCCGGCUGCCCGCUGCCGCUGGCCCCUGCGCUGGUGACCCUGAGCCUGCUGCCCCGCAGCCAGUGGGACAGCCUGGCGCACAUCGAGGUGAUCAAGGCGCGCAACAAGCCGCUGGCGCCGCCCAAGAAGCCCGAGGCAGCGCCCUUCUUCCUGCCCACACUGCCCGGCCUGAGCUCUCAGCCCGUGUUCGACGCCACUGCGGGCCGCGGGGCCGACGAGGACGAGGACGCCGAGGAGGAGCGGGAGGAGGAGCGGCGGCGGGCGGGCGGACGCGGCGGCUCCGCGGAGCCAGACGGAGAGGCGGAGGGGGAGGAGGCGGGCGCGGGGCCGGGCUCCCGAGUGGUGAAGCUGGGCGGGGCCGGCGGCCGGGGCGGUGUGGCGGCGGCGCCCGCCAGCGACUUUGUGCGGCAACUGCGGCGCGCGGCGCGGCGGGCGGCGGCGGCGGAGCCCGGGUCUGAGGCGGCGCUGUCUGCCUGGGGCCCCGUGCUGGGUGUGCUGCGCGGCAUGAGCGCCACUGCCAUUGACCGCGAGCUGAGGGCCAUACAGAUCCUGGAGGGCUCCUCCAGCGAGGCCCAGGACGUGGCUGACGUGGCGGCGCUGCUGGACCUGCUGGCGGCCUGGCUGGCGGCCCGCAGGGACUUUGAGUUCUGCCAGGCGCUGCUGUCAGUGGUGCUGGCGCAGCAGGGUGACGUGAUCGCGGCGCGGCCGGAGCUGGCGGCGCGGGCGGCCGGGCUCAAGGACGUGGUGGCGGGCGGCUGGGGGCGGCUGGAUGGCCUGCUUCAGCACUGCCGCUGCAUGGUGGGCCUGUUCGGCAACCUGCAGCAGUAGCAUGGGGCAUGGGGCAUGGGCAGGAGCAGGAGCGAUGGCUGUAGCAGGAGCAGUAGUAGAAGGAGGGACUGUGAGGAGGUAGCUUGAGGAGGUAGCUGCAGCAGUUUGAUGUGGCUGAGGUGAGGUGGUGGCUUCUGCAGCAGCAGCGCGCGCUCUGGUUAGGUGCGGGGGCGGCCGUGUACGGAGCAACACAGCGGUUGGCGCUGCGGGUGGUGUAGCCGUUAAGCUGUGGGGGAGCUGCACAUCGGGGACGGCUCAGCCCAAAAACGUAUGGUUACGGGGCCCCGCCUGAUGGCAGGAGCCAGGAGGGGUGCGCUGCGAGCGGACAUGGACACGUCGGGUCGCCUGCUACGUGCUGGGCAUCACAGCCCUGGCUCUUGCGCGGAUGAUUGGUGCUGAUCACAAGCACAGGUUCA